AUGCGGGAAGUCAACUUCAGUAUCCCAAAUGUGAACAAGGCCUCGGUCAAUAUCACCACCACCCUUUACGACCGGCGGGCCCUUGAUUGCACAUCAACCCUACCACUCAUCAACUCACUCAACCACCUGGCCUAUCUCACCACCUCCUCCGCGCGAAUUCGCGAUAUCCUCACCGUCGAUGGCGGCAUCGAAAGACUUGUGUGUAUCCUGAAGGAGGGCCGGAGUAAGGAUUUGAUGGAAAUGUGGAAAUGGAGCCUGGCCUUUCAGUGCGUUGUUAAUAUCGGAGUGCGGGGAUCGGAAAAUGUAAGAACCAGAGUGGUGGAAGCCGAUAUGGUUCCGGUGAUCGCCACCAUUCUGGAUAACUACAUCAAAGUGGUGGACAAAGUCCGAUCGCACGCCGACCCAGAGUCUCAUAAGCACUCCUCGAGCCGCCAGGCAGGUAAGACCAGCAGCAGCUCGAGCCGUGAGAUGUCUGGUCGGUCGACCACGAUGGACUCCAGCAGCCACGCCGAAACCCGCCCCUCCUCUCGCCGCCAGGCUCCUCCCCCCAGCAUCGAAAUCCCCCAGCCCUACUAUCAGGACAGCCAACCGACCGACUCGGACGCGAUGGAUAUCACCUCUCCUCCCCGCGCCCCCAUGACCUCGCCUCCCGAGCGAAGCACAUUUCGACCCGAUGUGAACAACCACCGAUCGCAUGAAAGCCGCUACUCUCGAACCAGCCAUCGCUUACGAACAAUGCAGCCUCUCGCCACCACUGUGACCCCGAUGGAUACCGCUGAGAGUUUCGGUCUACGUCCUGUGCGGGAUGCCGAACGGCUGCCGAGCAUGCUCCCAAGUUUGCAAGCUGGCAUCGUCUCGCAGCCGGACUCUCCGACAACCCCGAGCGGACCCUUACAGUCUCAGUCUCAGUCUCAUUCUCGAAGCAUUCCUCCUGUAGCCUCUGUUCGACAACGACCUGCCAUUCGACAGCAGCAGUCUGCCUCUGCCGAAUCCGACGACGCUAAUGGCGAGGAUUUAACGAUGGGCGAUGAUGCCGUUUUGGGUCAGACCACAGAGCCCAUUGUUGGACUGCCCAACCGGAUGGAGAUCGAUGGAGUGGAUGAGCGCCAAACGCCGAUGAUUGACGGUGUUUCCACCGCUCACGAUCUCACCGUGACCGAUCCCUCGGAAGAGGGCCAGGAUGCUGAGACCUUCAACAUCGCACAUCGCUCCACUGUGGACGGCAGCAUCAUCAACAACAACGGCAACACCCAAGCCGCCGGCCUAGGUCUUUCGCCCACCCAGGCCCCGAACAACCCAAACUCUCCCACACUUGCUCCUAGCCCUUACGCCAUGUACCUCCGUGACCGAAAUACUCCCGCGAAUCAGAGCGUUCUGACCACCAUGCCUCGAGAUGAGGAUGUCCUCAUGUCUCUGCAACUCCUGGCCUAUGUCUCCAAAUAUUGCAACCUCCGCUCAUACUUCCAGCGUUCCCACCUUGUGCCUAAACUCAAGAUUGAUCGGGAACUGCAUCUGCUGGACGAAAAUGCAGACCUUUCUUCCCCCAUCGAGGUUCCCGAGGAGGAAGACGAGUAUUUACUCCCCGAUGAUGUCAACAUCUUUCCUCUGGUGGAGAAAUUCACUGUCCGGCAUCAUUCAAAGGAUAUGCAGUAUUGGGCCUGUGUGGUCAUGCGCAAUCUGUGUCGCAAGGAUGAGUCGCGGGGCGGCAUCCGCCAAUGUGCCUACUAUAAGUGUGGCAAGUGGGAGGAGUUCCAGCGACAAUUCGCCAAAUGCCGCCGCUGCCGGCGCACCAAGUACUGCAGCAAGGAUUGCCAGAAGGCCGCGUGGGUCUAUCACCGCCACUGGUGCCACACAACUCCUUGA